CUGGAGUAUAUCUGAAUAUUUAGCAAAGACAGUAGCUAUUUCUGCGGUUUCGGAAUGUCUUCGUUUUGCUACACUUACGCAGUGAGAAUGAUGUUUAAUUUUUGAACCAUAUUCUGGGUUUGUAAGGAAAGAAAAAUAAACUGUUCACAAAACAUCGGUCAUUAAUUUUGGCGUUAAACGGUUCCAGGAAACAGCAUCUCCCACGGAAAAAACACCCCAGGGUAAGAGAAGAGUACACAAGCAAUGGGCCCUAAUGUACUGUCUAUUAACAAGUUCAGGAUGCUGAGUGAUGUCCCCAGUGCAGAGAUGAUAAUCUUUAAUCCCUACUGUAGCUGUGCCUGGAGCUAGAUCCUAGUUAUAAUAAUUGGUCAAUUGAUGAGGCCACUCAAUUCUGCUAUAUAAACAGCUGGUGAAAAUCGCUAGGAGGCAAUUAGUGUUAGUGAAGGUGUGAGACAGAAAUGCUGGUGUUGAUGUUGGAAAUGAAGGAUGUUGAAGAGGACAAAUCAGUGAGCUGCUGGAAUUAGAAGAGGCUUUUAGGGAAGGAUUUACGGUUACUUGAAGCUAUAAUAACAACUCAAAGACAAAAGCACCUUGAAAGAGAACUAAAAUGAAUACCAGCAUCAGAAGCACAGAAGUAGUUGAAUAUUGCUACAAAUUUAUGGAUGGAUCUUGCCUGAAAGCCAACCGAUCAAAUGGCCUCCGAGUAUCCCUUUAUGUGUUUGGUGCAGUGGCAAUUCUGGUGACAGUUGUUGGUAAUUUGUUGGUGAUCAUUUCAAUCUCGCACUUCAAAAAACUCCAUACACCCACUAAUUACCUAAUUCUUUCGCUGGCAGUUGCAGAUUUUCUGCUCGGUUGUAUGGUUAUGCCAUACAGUUUGAUGAGAUCUAUAGAAAACUGUUGGUACUUAGGGGAAAUGUUCUGCAAACUUCAAGCAAGCUUCGAUUUUAUGCUUUGUGCAGCGUCAAUAUUCCACCUGUGCUUUAUCUCUAUUGAUCGAUAUUAUGCAGUAUGUGACCCGCUGAAAUACAAGACCAGAAUCACGCUUCAAAUUGUCCUCAUAAUGAUCUUCAUCAGUUGGAUUCUUUCAGCAUUUGUGGGUUUUGGCAUGAUAUGUUUAGAACUGAAUUUAAUUGAAAUUAGGGAUUUCUAUUACCAUAAUAUUUAUUGCUAUGGUGGCUGUAUACUGCUGAUGGGGAAAAUCUGUUCAGUGAUUUAUUCACUCAUUUCGUUUUACCUCCCUGGAUUUAUAAUGCUGUGUAUUUAUACAAAGAUUUACUUCGUAGCUACAAAACAAGCCAGAGCCAUAAAUGACAUUGCAAGGCAAACCCAGACAAUCAAAGACAGUAAAAACAUAAAUUCUCAGACAAGUGAAAGAAAAGCUGCAAAAACUCUUGGAAUAGUGAUGGGCGUAUUUUUAAUUUGCUGGUCUCCAUAUUUCACUUCUAAUUUUAUAGACCCUUUCAUUGAACAUACAACCCCACCUAUUAUGUUUGAUCUCUUUUUUUGGUUUGGUUAUUUAAAUUCUGCAUUUAACCCCGUGAUCUAUGCAUUUUUUUAUUCUUGGUUCCGAAAAGCCCUAAAAAAUAUUUUAACCUUUAAAAUAUUUGCAACUGAUUCCUCAAGAAUAAAUCUAUUCUGAGUUAAUUCCAUCAAAAUAGCAUAAAGAAUGUGGAACUAGAAAGAAAGGUGCUGCUGUUCUUAAUAUAGUUUCUUUGUGCAUUUCUGAUAAUUUAUUAUUUUAUCUCAGAAUGUGCUUUACAAUUAUAUCUUUGAAACUUAUAAAAAGAGUUGUUGCAAUGAACACCAUCAAGUUCAAUUGAUUAUCAGCUGCAAGGAUUUGUCAAAUAUGAUUCAAGUGUUUUGAAAUAAUAUGAAAAGUGA